GCGUGUACAGAAAAACCUCACGUCACGUGACCGUCUCGUACUCCCAAACCGAACCCAUCGUUUGUUUGAGGACUAUACCGAUCCGGAUUCUGGGUCUUCUAACCUGCUCUCAACGAUGCGUUUUAACGCACGCUGAUUCCAGAGAAUGCGCGUAAAACGACCGGAUCGAUUCUAGCCGCAAUCCGAACCGGACUGAACGGGAGUUUGGUUUUCAAGGCAGCCGAGAUUCGAGCCUGCGUCUGUUUGCAAGUACAGGAAUAUACCGAGUGGUCGCAAUGGCAGAAAACAACUUCCCUCCUCUGCCUCGAUUCAUUCCCCUCCAGCCAUGUUUUUACCAAGACUUCAACGAGAUCCCAGACCAGCGGCGGACCAUGUGCAAGAGGCUGUAUUACUUAUGGAUCUUGAACAGUGCCACGCUGGCCGUUAAUCUGAUCGGCUGUCUGGCAUGGAUGUGUGGUGGGGGUGGGGCUACCAACUUUGGCAUGGCCAUCCUUUGGCUGAUCCUCUUCACACCCUGCUCCUAUGUGUGUUGGUUCAGGCCCAUCUACAAGGCCUUAAAGACAGACAGCUCUUUCAACUUCAUGGCUUUCUUCUUCGUCUUCAUGGCCCAGGUUGUGAUCAGUAUUAUCCAGACAGUGGGUAUUCCAGGCUGGGGAGUGUGCGGCUGGCUGGCUACAAUCACCUUCUUCAGCACCAAUGUCGGCUCAGCAGUGGUCAUGCUGAUUCCCACCAUCAUGUUCACUGCAGUGGCCGUGCUGUCAUUCAUCGCACUCUCAAAGGUUCAUAACUUCUACCGCGGCAGUGGCGGUAGUCUGGGUAAGGCCCAGGAGGAGUGGGCCACUGGGGCCUGGAAGAACCCUCAUGUCCAGCAGGCAGCUCAACAGGCAGCUGUGGGAGCCACACAGGGAGCCAUGCAGCAGAACCAGUACUCAGCGGCACCCACCUACAACUACGAUGACCCAAUGUAGGACACAGAGCCCAGGGGGAUGCUAAUAAUGGAUCAAUCAAGAACACAAUUCGCAGUCGAGUGUCCUUCACUGAAACACUGAAAUCAAAACGAACCAUGUGACGAAAAGGUAUUGUUUUGACAGUAAAGUAGUUUUACUGAAUCUUGACACUUUAAAGUUAAGCAUUUAGGUCCAUUAACAUUUAAACUAACAGUCACUUAAACCAUCUUAUUGAUUCUGUUAC